UGUCCUUUUAUUGUUUUGAACAGGUGUCUUCAGGCUGUUGUCACCCACAGGUGCUUGCAGGCCACAUCCACAUUUCACACUACAGUCUUUCAGUCAGACUCCAACAGAACCUGUGUGGUCCGCUUUGGGAGGCAGAAGUAUGAGAGGAUGUAUCCGGUUCUGUUGGUGAGACCUGAUGGAUCCACCAUCAACAUCAGAUAUAAAGAGCCCAGAAGAAUAAUGAAGAUGCCCGUGGACAUCACCACCCUCUCGGAGGAGGAGAAGAAAAUCAGGAUGCGGAAAAGAGAACCGAAGAGGGCAGCGAAACAGAAAUUGGACGAUUUUGAGGAUGAUUUCAAAGUUGAUGAUUACAGCAAAUUCUGGAAGAAGAAAUAAAUGGACUGACAUUCAGAGUAUUUAUGUUGUCUCACAUGUACAAUAUUGCAAUUUUGUUUUAUAUGUCACCCUGCAAUUAAAAAGUCUUCAAAUGUU